AUGUGGCUAUGCAGGUGUGAGAUACUUUGUGAGAUACUUGUAUUUGUCUUGUCCAGUGUCUCCUUAUGUCUUUGCCCUCAGUGGAAUGGAUGCAACUGGUCUGUUUUUCAGGUGGUAUGCCUGGUGCUGGCCAUCUUUGGGACACAAUCUCAUGGAUACGAGGUUUAUAACAUCAUCAGCCCAAACAAUAAUGGCGGCAAUCUUCAGGAGACAGUGACAGUUGACAAUGAAAAAAAUUUCGCCAUCAUUAACAUCCAUGCAGGAUCAUGCUCCUCUACCACGGUUUUUGACUAUAAACAUGGCUACAUCGCAUCCAGGGUGCUCUCCCGAAGAGCCUGCUACAUCCUGGACAUGAAACAUAAAGCCAUCCCUGCUCUGGACCAACUAAAACGAUACAUCUAUGAGAAGAAGGCUCUGAAAAACAUGUACUCGGACAAAUACAUCUGGGUCAAGUACAGCCCACUGCAGUCUCUGAUCACUCACGUAGACUGGUUCCUGUUCGGCUCCCCCAUCAAGCAGCUCUGCAGUCAUGUCCCCCUGUAUAAGGGAGAAGUGGUGGAGAAGACACAUGACAUCCGUGCGGAAGCCUGCGCAAAGACCGGAGUCCUGGGUAUCCUUGGAAUCUCCAUCUGCGCGGGCACUGACGCUUAGGCACCGAGCCCACUGGCGUCAUCUUUUCAAAGACACAGACCCUUGGUUUCCACUCAGCAGCCAAAUUAAGCUCUUUCCCAACACCCCAACUAAUGUUGAGACUCAGUAGUAAAACAUAAAUCCUAUAUUUCCAGAUAUAUGGGUGUUUGCUUUUUUUUGUAAACAGCAACGGGAAGCCAAACAAUGUUGAUGUCAACCUACAGAAGGAAAGAAUUUGCCAGAACUUCAAGUGAAGCACAAAAGGUGCGAAAGCUCCCAGAUAAUAACGCUGAGUCAUUGCAGGCUGGUCUGCUGGGUGCAAGUGUACGUCUUGUCUCUGCCCACCAGACCAGCCACCCAUCCGUCCACCAAAAUGAAGGGAGUUAAGAGUACACUUAUACUGAUGAGUACUGAGGAAUGUAUAGAAUUGUUGAAUCAAUACAUUGUGCAUGUGAAGCUGGUAUAACACUGUAUGUUAAUUGUACUUGAAUAAAAAAAUAAGAAAACAAACUAUUCAUUAAAAAUAACAAAAAACAACCACUUUCACAGGCCGCAGGAGGCAGCGGCCUCCACCCUGGGAGGGGGGUGGGUUUGCCGUACUGUUAACAAACGGCUUGACCACUCAGGUGAAGGAAACCAUCCCCUAUGACAAGGCACCCAGCUUGGAGGGCCAUUCACAUGCCUUUCAGAAAAUGCCUUUUAGCUCAUCAAAACGCUAGACCCAACCUUAAUAAAUACUAUUAUAAUAUAUUUGGUCUUAGAGUGAGGGGAGAGGUCGUGGGGAACACCCAUCACCCAGUGAAAGAUGAACCUUACUGAAAAUCUUGACAGGAGUGAGAAACUGGGAAUGCCAAGUCAAGAUAUGGAAGGAAAGCAAUUCCCAAUCUUCCAAAUAAAUUGUGUCUUGUGGGCACCUUCCCAGAUCACA